AAAUGAAAGAAGCAAGUUGCUUAUUAUAUACUGAUCAGUAUUUUAUUCUCACUACCAUAACAUAACCACUAGUUUAAUUCUCUCUUUUUCUCAUUUGCUUAGUGCAAUUCUCUGAGCAUAAAUAUACAAAAACUCAUGUUAGUGAUCACAAUAAGCAUUUCCAAAACAUCCUGAAAUCAUAUCUUGAUCAUCAAGAGAACAUGUCUAGUCAAGGACAAAAAAAUGGAGAGGUUUGGUUGACGUGGGAAGAUUUGUGGGUGACGGCUUCAAGCUUGAAAGAUGGAAACAAAGCCAUUCUUAAAGGUUUAACAGGCUAUGCAAGGCCUGGUGAGCUCUUGGCUAUCAUGGGCCCUUCUGGCUGUGGCAAAUCCACACUUCUCGACACAAUAGCAGGGAGAUUGGGAUCGAACACAAGGCAGAGUGGUAAUAUUCUAAUCAAUGGCCGCAGACAAACACUGGCAUAUGGAUCCUCCGCCUAUGUAACUCAAGAAGAUACUCUAAUGGCAACACUCACGGUAAAAGAAGCCGUAUACUACUCAGCUGAACUACAACUCCCAAAUUCCAUGCCAAAAUCAGAGAAAAAACAAAUAGCAGACAUGACAUUGAAGGAAAUGGGGUUGCAGGAUGCAAUGGAAACAAGAAUUGGAGGAUGGAGCGGGAAAGGAAUAAGUGGAGGACAGAAAAGGAGAGAUUUUAACGCGCCCAAAACUUCUCUUUCUUGAUGAACCAACUAGUGGACUUGAUAGCGCAGCGUCUUAUUAUGUCAUGAAAACAAUUGCAAGCCAAUGUCAGGGGAGAACUAUUAUUGCCUCAAUUCAUCAACCUAGCACUGAAGUUUUCAGUCUAUUUCAUUCUUUAUGUCUUCUGUCUUCUGGAAGAACUGUCUACUUUGGCCCUGCUAGUGCAGCAACUGAGGUGAGCAUAUAUAUUAUUUGAGUUCUUGAAAUGUUAUACUAAGUUAAUCAACAAAAUAAAGCCAGCUAUAAGAGCAGCCAUGUCUACCUCACCUCAACAAAUCAAUUCGGCAGAAACACCUUUACAUGUAUUAGCUGCCUAAAUUUCAGUGAUGAUAGGGUAACAUAUAUAUAUUUACAACAUCACAGUGUAUAUAAGUUAAAUCGUUUUCAUGUUGUUAUAGUCUAUUUCCUGUAAUUGCUGUUCUGUUUUCUCCCUGCUCCAAAAUCUAGCAGAUGAUGACUACCUUAAUGUAGUAUGGAUUUUGAUUACACAAGUAUUUAAGUGUGAUUAUGCAAUUCUCUCCUUUA